UAAUUCAGUCCAAGUUCUUCACACCUCUCAUUUAUCCUGCCGCUUUGCAGAUUCCGCAGAUUUCUUCAAGGCUAAAAUGAGGUGAGCGCACGGCCGAGGGUGGGCCCUGAGCCGUUCCGCCCCGAUUUCCAGGGAAAUCCACGAGACUCGGGCGGCAGUGCCCAUGAAGGGCAGCUCUGGAUCCCUGUUUCCGAUUCACGCGACAAGUUCGCCGAUCGGACGGCGGGCCCCGGAUUUCGCGAUCCCCUCAAGUUCUGCAGGGCAGUCCGUAUCGUGGCAUGAUCAAAAACAGGGCUCCCCGGCCCCACGAACUGGUUCCUUUGUUGGAGCGAUCGUAGCAGCCAACGUGCCAUCGGAACAUUCACAGCCCCGAUGCCAACGUUCUGGGACGUGGGCCAGCUGCUCUCUCCUGGAUCGGGAACGACGAUUUCUUAAUCCAGCCCGCCGAACACCCCCCCGUCAGCCCUGCAUCUACCAGACGAACGAUUGAGCGUCUAUCAAAGUUCCCGAUCUCGUGGGUGAUUAUUACCAACGGCCUGCAUCGUGUUUUUACGGCGGUGCUAUUUCGAUGCGCUGCCGCUAG